GGAGCAAAGAAACCUUUUACUGAAGUUCUUAAGGCAAAUAUAGGAGAUAGUCAUGCCUUAGGCCAGACUCCUAUAACGUUUAUCAGGCAGGUAUUGGCGUUAGUUCUUCUGCCAGAACUUCAAAAUGACUCCAAAUUCCCGGAUGAUGUCAAAAAACGGGCCAAAGAAAUUCUUGCUUGUUGCAGAGGUGGCAGUAUCGGAGCCUACUCGGACACUUGUGGUAUCAACAUAGUUCGGAGACGUAUUGCAGAGUACAUAGAACAGAGAGAUGGAGUACCUAGUAAUUGCGAUAACAUCCUGCUUGGCAGUGGUGCUUCAGAAAUAAUAAAGAGCAUUCUUAGUUUGUUGAAUGGACCUGUGGAGGGAAAAAGACCUGGGGUGAUGAUUCCUAUUCCACAGUAUCCGCUGUAUGCGGCUCGCAUAGUUGAGUUCGGCAUGGAACAGAUAGGCUACUAUUUGAAGGAAGAGAACAAUUGGUCUUUGGAGACAGAAGAGUUGGAGAGAGCCUACCGUGAGGCUGCCAAGAUCUGCAGACCUCGAGCUAUUGUUGUAAUUAAUCCCGGGAAUCCCACAGGCCAGGUCUUGACGCUUAAAAAUGUUCAAAGCAUCAUCAAGUUUGCGCACAAAUACAAUCUGUUCAUCUUUGCUGAUGAGGUUUAUCAGGACAAUAUCUAUGCCGAGGGAAGCAAGUUCCACUCAUUUAAGAGAGUGAUGACACAGAUGGGCUCCCCAUUUGACAAGAUAGAACUUGCCUCUUUCAUGUCUUGUUCUAAAGGAUACAUAGGAGAGUGUGGACUGCGAGGCGGCUACUCAGAGCUUGUCAACGUUGAUUCCAAAGUGAUGGGAAUAUUGGUAAAGUCUCUUGCAACAAGAAGGUGUCCCGGUACUAUUGGCCAAACAACAAUGUUCUGCUUGGUAAACCCUCCCAAGCCCGGAGAGCCCUCAUAUGAGAAGUUCAAGUCAGAGAAAGAAGGAGUGCUCAAAUCUCUGGCAGAAAGAGCCAAGAUGGUGGCAGACACAUUCAACAGUAUCCCUGGCAUGAGUUGUAAUGCAGUGCAAGGCGCCAUGUAUGCCUUUCCUCAGCUGAAGCUACCUGAAAAGGCUAUAGCGAAGGCUAAAGCAUUGAACCAGUGCCCGUCGACAUUCACUAACGUUUUUCAGUUACUGGAGAACACUGGAAUCUGUGUAGUUCCAGGAGUUGGUUUUGGCCAACAGCCUGGGACUUACCACUUCAGGACCACAAUACUGCCCCAGUCUGAGAAGCUGAAAAACAUGAUGGCAAAGAUAAAAGAAUUCCAUUUGAAAUUUUUGGAGGAAUACAAAUGACACAAACGGUUACUUGAUAAAAGAGGAAGAAUUUGCCAUUAUUUAUAUAUAAAAUAUAAAGUAUAUAUUAUCUGAAAAGGUUGUUUUAACAAAAUACAGAUUUUAUUAGCUGAA